GAGUAUUGACUUGGCAAACGCUACAGAACUAACAAUAAAUGUAAAUAAAUAACGUUUGGUGAUGUUCAUAAGACGUCUCUCGGUGAAGUCAAGGUUGCUCUUCGCACAAACAGAACAUUUCUUCUGCGUUUCCUUCAAACCUCUCCUUCAUCCAUUUUUCGCUCCAAACAAUACAAACGCGGCAACCACACAAACCGUCUUUGCUUUGAAUUCCGAAAGAAUAGAGGAUCAUGGGUUGCUUUGGCUUCUGCACCGGAGAUGAUAGUGUUGCAAUUGCUGACAGAGGACCUUUCAUGCAAAACACUCCUACUGGGAACGCCAGUUAUCAUGGCAGACAUAAUGCAGUGCCUCCUCCUCGGCCGAUAAAUUUUCAACCUAUUGCUGUCCCUUCCAUUACAGUAGACGAAUUGAAGUCUUUAACAGAUAGUUUUGGCUCAAAAUCUUUCAUUGGUGAGGGUGCAUAUGGGAAAGUAUAUCAAGCUACAUUGAAAACUGGGCGUGCAGUGGUAGUCAAGAAGUUAGAUUCCAGUAAUCAGCCAGAGCAAGAAUUUCUUUCUCAGGUCUCCAUCGUAUCAAGGCUAAAGCAUGAAAAUGUUGUUGAGCUUGUUAACUAUUGCGUUGAUGGUCCUUUCCGUGCCCUUUCCUACGAGUAUGCUCCUAAAGGAUCCCUUCAUGAUAUUCUUCAUGGACGAAAAGGUGUCAAGGGUUCACAACCUGGUGAAGUGCUCUCAUGGGCUCAGAGAGUUAAAAUUGCUGUUGGAGCAGCCAGGGGACUUGAAUAUCUUCAUGAAAAGGCAGAGAUUCACAUAAUCCAUCGUUACAUUAAGUCUAGUAACAUACUUCUUUUUGACGAUGACGUUGCAAAGAUUGCUGAUUUUGAUUUGUCAAAUCAAGCCCCUGAUGCAGCUGCACGUCUUCAUUCUACCCGUGUUCUUGGGACUUUUGGUUAUCAUGCUCCUGAAUAUGCAAUGACGGGACAACUCACUUCAAAAAGUGAUGUUUAUAGCUUUGGAGUUAUACUGCUAGAACUCUUAACCGGGCGUAAACCAGUUGAUCACACACUGCCCCGAGGACAGCAAAGCCUUGUCACCUGGGCAACACCGAAGCUCAGUGAAGAUAAGGUGAAGCAGUGUGUUGAUGUUAGACUAAAGGGAGAGUUCCCUUCAAAGUCAGUUGCAAAGAUGGCUGCUGUUGCUGCACUGUGUGUACAGUAUGAAGCUGAGUUUCGGCCAAACAUGAGCAUUAUAGUGAAAGCUUUGCAGCCUCUACUGAAUACUCGUUCUACUCACGCAAAGGAAUCACCAAACAUGUAAAUUCCAGAAUCAUUCAUUCCUUCUUUCAGAUGGCAGAUUGCGUUGACCAGUUGUCCUUGUGACAGGUGUCAGUGAUUACUCGUUUUGAGGCAUACAGUAUUAAUGUCCCACUUGUGUUAUUAUAUUUGUGGCUCAACUAAACGAUGAUGCUAUAUAAAUAGUGAUGUAGGUGACAAGAUCCUAUCAUAGAUAGUUCCGUUUAUGGCUUUUUGAAGGUUUUAUUUUUGUUUGUUGUUCGGUUUCCUUUUCUACAAGCCAUGUAAAAGUGAAUAUAUAUUACUUUUCAUGGACAACGCAUGAUGUCUCCUUGAAUUAUAAUUUUCAUGGGAAUCUAGAGCAUCUUUAUUUUUUCC